AUGUCGAGGUGGACUGGAACAUCUAGGAUUAACAGUGAUCUUAUCAAAAGAUACAUAGAGCUUCAAUGCUUAAGUGACUAUUCAAGAUAUCAAAAAGAAUUUGUAAGGCAAAUUCGUGCAUUAGGUAAACGUAGACAUAUAGAAUUCUGCAAUAGGUGUGAUAAAAUAAAAAAAAAAAUAAAUGAAAAAGAUGAAGAAUUAAAUCGUUGUUACGUUAAUAACAUAAUAAAUGUUAAAUUAUAUCAAAAUGCCAAUAUAAAGGGUUUUAUAGAGGAAUGUCCCGAAAUUCCUAAAUGCUAUAUAAAACACAAUCCUUCUCUCAAGAAAGCAUCCGUAUUAAAAAGUGGAACAAAAGAAACUUGUGGAAGAAGUGAUUGUAAAAAUGAAAGAGCUCAAACAAUGAAUGGUAAAUCCCAGUUGGGAGUGGACGCAAGAACACCUAAAUCGGAAAGUUCGCAAAGAGAAGGUAUUGUAAAACAAAGUUCAAGCCAUUCUCAUGGAGAAGUAACAGAACAAAAAAAAGAAAGUCCACAGGGUCAAGGUGGUAUUAAACCUCCCGAUAAUUUGGACAUGACCCAAGUAAAGGAAUCUAAACAAAUAGAUAAUGACCAUUCUAGCACAAAUGUAGAAGAAAAACAGUUAUCCCAACCUGUAUCGGCAUCCGAUACUCUCUCAAGCAGUGAAUUAGGUACUCAAGGAAGUCAACUUCCCGCACGAAGUACUUCUUCUGGGGAAUCCAAUUCAGAUAAUAAUAACCCUCACAGGCAAGUUGUUGCGAGUAAAAUCGAUAAAGAUCAAAUAGCAGGUGAUAGAGGUGGUGUCACUGAAAUUUCUGGUAGGACAUCUGCUGGUGCAGUUCCCACUGUUCCUCAUACUGCUCCUAGCACAGCUGAUGAUAAAGUUGCUGUUCAUGUAGAUAAAGAUGGAGAAUCUCCUGCUGGUAAAGAUAUUGUUGCCGAAGAACCAGUUAGUACUGUCACUGUGGAUGGAGAUUCUGUAAAUUUACCUUCUAGUGAUGUUCCUUCUCAUGAUAGAUCUAUUGGUCGUAUAUGUACUGCUGCAGAACCUAAUUGCGAUGAAGCACGUGGUGAAGUUUCUCAAUCUGAUAAACAUAGAGGCGUUAUGUCUGAUAAUGGUAGGUCUACAUUUCCUGCAGAAAAUUUUAGUGAAUUGCAUUAUAAAUUUCCCUUGACAAUAAAGUGCCUAAUGUUGUUAGUGGACACUUUGACAGUGUUAAUUAUGCAUAAUACUAUUUUUAAUUGUAAAAUGACGUAUGAGUUAUAA